UUUCUACUCUGCCUUUGCCUGGUUUCAGCGUUCCUUCAGCCUUCGAGAGUCUCGCCCGGGUCACAGCUCCGCCCACCCGUUCGAGAGCCGCGGUUAAAGUGGCGCGUAUUUGCCCGAGUUCGUAGUUCCGAAUGCUGGAACGGGUGUUUACCUUCCUGGUUCCUCUCGAAAUUCCCCGAAAUUGAGGCAGGGCUUUCGGGCCGGGGGUUCCGUCUAGUCCUGCAGCUUGAGCUGAUCCACGAACUCCGGCCGUGCCGGGACGGGAUCGGGAGGAAGCAGAUGCCGGGUGAUGGCUCAGUCCACCAUGCCCCCCAAAUGUGAUGUGUUGAACCAAGAUGAACUGCGCAAAAAGCUAUACCAGACAUUUAAGGAUCGGGGUAUAUUGGAUACGCUUAAGACCCAGCUUCGAAACCAGCUAAUUCAUGAAUUGAUGUACCCUGUGUUGAGUGGAGAAGUGACACCGAGGUCCAUUUCAGUGGAAGGGAGUGCUCUCCUAAUAGGAGCUUCUAACUCUUUAGUGGCAGAUCACUUACAGAGAUGUGGCUAUGAAUAUUCACUUUCUGUCUUCUUUCCAGAAAGUGGUUUGGCAAAAGACAAGGUAUUUACUAUGCAGGAUGUAUUACAACUCAUUAGAAUCAGCCCUUCAUCUAGUCUCUACAAAUCACUGAUUUCAGGAUUUGAUAAAGAAAAUCAAAAAGGUUUUCUUAUAUGUUUCUUAAAAGCAUUGGCAGAAUGUCAAGCUAGACCAAGUUGUGAUAUGGAAACGCAGACGAGCUCGACAUUUCCAGGCGUAGACUCUCUUGCGGAGAAGUUUCAGCUUAUUGAUAAUGAAUUUGCAGAUGCUCAACUUCUGCGUCCUAAGCUAGAAUCAUUGGAAGUAAAGUUAAAUGACUAUAAGAGAGAAAUACAAGAGCAACUUCAGGUAGAAAUGAAUCAAAAGUUGAAGUAUUUUAGAGAAAUUGAAAUAUCAAAAGUGAAGAAGGAGGAGAAAAGAAAAUAUGAAAAGGAAUUAGCCGAGGUCCGGAAUGAAUUUAAGAGAACGUAUCAAGCAAAAACAGAAGCUCUUCUUUCUCAGGAAAAGACUACGCUGGAAAGAAUUAGAAAGCGCCAAGAGAUUGAAACAAAGGAAACUUAUGCUCAAAGACAGCUUCUGCUAAAAGAUAUAGAUGUGCUCAGAGGCAGAGAAGCAGAGCUGAAGGAAAGAAUUGAAGCAUUUGAAUUAAACAAGAAGCUGCAAGAAGAAAAAAUUAAAAGCACAACUGAGGCACUCAGAAGAUGGGAGCAGAAUCUACAGAGCAUUGAAGAGAACUAUGAUCAGAAGCUCAAAAAUGAACUUCUAAAGUAUAAGCUUGAACUAAAGGAUGACUACAUGGCUAGAACUAAUAGACUGCUGGACGAUGAAAGGAAGAAUAAAGAAAAAACUAUUCAUUUGCAGGAGGAGCUCACAGUUCUUAAUUCAAAAAAGGAAGAAAUCAGUAAAUCUGUGAAUCGUAUGAAAGAAGCUGAGGUGGAGCUGGAGAUAGUCAAAACCCAGUUUUUGACAAUGACAAAGCAAAAUCACUUCCUGAAGGAAAAGAUGAAAGAAAUGAGUGAUUAUUCCCUGCUGAAAGAAGAGAAUGUGGAGCUUCAGGCACAAAAUAAAUUACUUAAACAGCAACUGGAAGAGAGUAGGAAUGAAAACUUGUGCCUCCUAGAACGUUUGGCUAAACCCCCUCCUGAGCUUUUGGUUUUUCAGAAAGAAUUACAGAAGGCAGAAAGUGCUAUUGCGCUUGAGCAUAAGGAGUUUGAAGCUCUGCAAAAGCAGCUGCAAAGUGAAAUCAAACAUUCUACACAGCUAAAGGCCCAGGUAUUAGAGUAUGCUGCUUCUGUCAAGAGUUUAACUAUUCAAAUUACUGAUUUAAAAUUGCAACUCAAACAAACUCAGACAGCCCUAGAGAAUGAAGUAUUCUACAACCCAAAGUCGUCUCUGGCCCUCCAGUCCCUGAGUGGCAAGAUGGUGCCUCACAAUGAUGAUUCCAGUGGAAAUGUCUUAAACAGUCCCCUUGAACAGAACAAGGUUAUGGCUAAUGCAGUUGUGUCAGGGAUCACAGGUUAUGACAAUGUGGGGAUGGAGGGCAGUCCCCCAGACUCUGACCUUGAGUUUAUAGCCAGUACUAAGGCCAAAGUAAAAGAGCUAGAGCAAGAGGCUGAACGCUUAGAAGAGGCUUUCAGAAAUUACCAUCAAAGAGUUACCCAGAACCCCAGUAUGAGCCCAUCAGCAACAGACAAUCCAUCACUAGGAGCUCUCCAAAACAUCACAUCUAGUUCCAUGGAUAGACAUAUUUCUAUGGAGGGUAGAGUUAUCUCUGAGAAGGCUCUUGUGGGCAUGUGUCAAGAGGAAAAGAGUGACACAUCCAAAGUGCUGAUGAGCAGCAUGGCUUGGCGACCACGCUGGAGCUCUUCCUCUGUUCACCACAUCUCCACGUCCCUUUCAAAAUCUAGAAGAAGCCUUGAUAAUGAAAUGUAUCUAGAAGGUGUGGGUAGGUCGCAUGUUUUUGCUUCCUCCAGUGCUUGUCCUGACAGAACAACAGCCCACCUAUCAUCUGCCGUGACUAGAUACAGUUUUUCUGGCCCUUCCCUCACUAGCACUGUGGAACAAAAUGCCAGACAGACUGAAACUCAAGACGGAAGUAAACUUUUGAGUGUGGACAAGAAACCUUUUAAGGAUAACAACUCUGACCCAUCUUUUGAAUGGAACAGGCCAAAGCAAUUUGAAGCAGAAGGGCUCCACCCUGCUGGUGAUAUGCCUGUCAUGGAUGCUGCCACAGCUGCGGUGCCCACCAGACCUAUUCCGUGUGAAUACCCAAGUUCUGUUCUGAACCAAACUGGGGAACACAGGGAAGAACAACUGUGGGAGUACCAUAUGAAAGCUCAAAGGCAGAGAGAAGAACAAAGGCAGAGUAACCAGCAAGAAGCUCUAGAGAGAGAAAGAAGAGAGCUGGAAAGACUGGAUCAGGAAAGGAGAAUGAUUGAAGAAUCACUGGAGAUUGAAAUGAAAGAAGAAAUAGAAAUGGGUGCCCAAGAAGAGAAAGACAAAUCUGCUCACGAUGAAAAUCCUUUAGAGAAAUACAUGAAACUCAUCCAACAGAGAAAAGGUCAAGUAUGUACACAUAAGAGUUCAAAAAAGACAGGCCAAGAAUGCUCAGUAAUGGACGCACUAACACUGAGUGACAAGGAUGAAAGUUCUCCAGGUUUUUCUCAUGAAGAACCAGAUGAUGUUUGGUAAUCAUGUUAACUGUCCAGCUUCUUACAUAUAAGUCAUGUAACAUGUAGUCCUUUGUUUUUCUGUAAUCAGAAUGUUCAAUAAAAACUUUGUGUAAUCUGUGA